AAAACAGUGCGGUCGACACUUUCGUCAUUGGGGCGCGCAACGGGAUCCGUCUCACCGUUUUUGCCCCGCAAGCUGUGUUUUCCGGAACGAAUUGCCGAUUGCCUGCCGUGCCGUAACUGUGCACGUUAUCGGACGCCAAGCGGACAUGAGAAAUCGAUCGGUGGACCAGCGGCGCCGGUGACAAGCAGACGACAACAACACCGUCGGGAGUGGCGAUGGCGGUGUCGGCUUUUCCGCCGUCAUACAGCGAGGCGACGCGUCAGCACGCCUCGCUGGGCGGCGGUCUGAGCUUCGUCGAUUUUCUGCCUUACUGCAUCAGCUCAGGAGGACUCUUUAGCACGCCCACCUUCGAGCCCUUUCGGACGCUGGUGAACCGUGCCAAUGAGUGGCUCAAGGAGAACCCGACCUGGGAGGUGAAAACCUGCGAGAGCGUGGAGUUCAAGACCUCCUCAGAGGUGGUCAACACGGAGCGCAUGACCUACUACGAGUACGGCGAGCAGAGCACCCGCUACGUGCGCAGCCUCCGGCUAUGGCUGGUGCCACGGCUCGACCAGAGCCGUCCCCCGCAGCAGAUAGAGUACCGCAACCUGAUCCCCCAGCAGACGGGGCAUGCGGGCCUCUUCGGCAUGCCCACCUUUGAGACCCUUCACGAGUUGCUCGAGCGGUACAACCAACAGCUGCGCUACCAGCCCAUGCCCGGCCGCGUGCUGGCCGUGGAGACGCAGGAGAUGAAGAUCCCCAGCUACUCCAACUUCGACCCUGACCGGUCGUACUGGUCUGAAUAUGGCGGCCGCAACCGUCACUUCCUGUUCGUGGUCCGCGUCUUCUACGAGCUGGGCUCCGCCGGCUGCGAGGAGAUCGGGGUGGCCGACUUCGUGCCCCAGUGCACCACGACGGGCGGCCUGUUCUCCUUUCCCCGGUACGAGCCCUUCUGCAACGUGAUUGGCCGGUCGGCGCAGUGGUGCUCCCAGCAGCGCUCACUCCGCUUCUGCAACGCCCAGUCUCUCGAGGUCAAGCUCAAGUCGGGCACGACGGUGGACACGCAACGCAUGUCGUACACGGAGCACGCGGAGCGCACAACUUUUUACGUCCGCGUGCUUCGGGUGGCCUACUCCAAGGAGCCGGCGGAGGGCGGGCUCCUGCCCCCCUCGCCACCGCUGGCGCUCCACUGCAAGACCUUCCUUCCCCUUCAGCUCACCAGGGGGCUGUUCGUACCCGAGUUCGAGAGCCUCUCCGCCACCAAAAAGCGCCUGGAGGCCUGGAUACGCGCCACGGGAGCCCGGGUGCUGAGCUGCGAGACGGUGGCCAUGCGGCUGUUCACGGGCGGCGAGGCCCACACGGGCAUCGAGUCGAGCUUCACGUACAACAACGGCAAUCGCAGCGAGUACUGGAUCUUUGUGCUCAGACUGUACCUUGACGGGGCGUACCAGGAGCCGCCCCAGGAGGUGCUGCCCCCGCCCCCGGAGGUACGGGACGUCGGCUGCUGCACCGUGCUCUGAUGCCACCGCCUUCCGAGCCCCCGGUCCGCGGCACCACUCUGGACAGACUCUGUGGCUUGUUUUUGUCUUGCGCUGCGGCUUCGGCUCUGGCCGACUCGGAACCCGGCCUUGCCGGUUCGGGUCUAGUUCAUCCUACGGGGAAAUCUCUGGAGUGUGCAGAGGGAGUUGCAGAGUUCGAAGGAUGGCCGAGUCGGUUUCUGACUUUUGCUCUUUGGCUUAAGAUCUGGGUUGUGUCGUGACUGCGGCUGAAGCUUCAACUGCAGCAUUACUUUGGACAAACACCGUGGCUUGUCUUCGUCUCGCUCUGCGGCUUUGGCACUGGCUUCGGCUGGCUCGAAACCCGGCCUGGCCGGUUUGGGCUUCAUUCGUUCUACGGGAGAUCUAGAGAGAGGCAGUGGGAGUCGCCUUCAAAAGUGCGUACAGCCAAGUCGGUUCCGACUUUUGUUUCGGGUUGUGUUACGACCAUGGCUUGGGCCUCAACUGGGUCGGAACCUCGCAGCAGUUCGGGCUCUGUUCAUUUUCCGGGAAGAGUAGAUAAAGAGGGAAGGAGUUGCAUCACGGGAGUUCCGUAACCGACUGAGUGUCUACGAUAGAUUUGAACUGGUUUGGGGUCUAACGUGGCCGGCUGAAGCCAUACUCAUUUUGCGGGCAACACGAACAGUGUUGAGAGGAGUUUCAUCUUCGGAGUUGUGAGGUUUGACCGGGUUUUGUUUACAUGUCCUCCGGUUCUGUAGCUUGUGUUGCGGCUCCAACUUUGGCUUCAGGUUGUACGACCUAGCCAGUGUGAGCCUUGUUCAUUUUGUAUUUACUUUGGAAAAAGGUGGGAGACAUUGUGUAUCGGCUGUUGUUUGGCGGAUGAUGGGGUCUGAACUCAGGUUUCUAAUGUGUCAUGCGUUUACCCGGUAAGGUUUAACAAGAAAACCCUCUUUCAUACUUUCCCUAUGAAUCUUUCUUGCCCGGUUUAUUUCCUACCCGUAUCUUUUGCUCGGCGGACGGUAUCCCGAAUUUCCGGUGCGAGGCCUUGUGGCUGACUUUUUGCUCUUCCGCUGCGUGUCUAUUUGUGUUUCAUAGUCCUUUUAUCAAUUGAGAACCUCACUUUGGCUUUGGGGGUGGCACCGCAGUCCUCAAACAAGUGUUGCCAUACUUGCCAUCAAGUGCAGUCGCGGACAAAAGAAACUAAAUUGCGGAAACAUGGAUGAAUGGAUGCACGCGGCUGGACCCUUUUAAUUCGGUAGCAACCUGCGCCACCUAGCCAGUGUGGCAGUCCACCUUGUAAGUGCCACCCAUAGUGGUAACGAGAGGAGGCUUUAUCCGUCUGUGGAUUCUGUCACGUGCCUCCUCAAACUCUAGUGUACUCGCAUAAUGUGACGCCACGCAGUUACAUCGACGUCAGUGACGAGGCACUUUUAUGCAUUCUGGUUUGGUCUCUCCACGACUGCACUUGGGGAUUUUUGAGCCUCCAAGUCCCAACGUACCUGUUGGCAAGCAUGGUGCCAUCUCAUAGGGGAUAUGAAAUAGCGGUCCUCUUUCCAUCUUUCCUGCCUGCUAUUUCCUAUACAGAGCGUAAGUUUUUCUGGUUCUUUUGCGGGGGUUAAGGUGACGUCAGUAUGCCGAGCUCCGAUUGGCUUUGAUUGAAGGAUAGUGGGUAUACCUCAAGGUAGGCUGUCUCGAGGUCUAUCCACUAUCCUUCAAUCAGAGCCAUUCUCGGCAUUCUCACGUCGCCACAACCUCUGCAAAAGAAGCAGACAAACUUGUUCGCUGGAUAAAAACAUAAUUGAGGCUCGAAAACUUGGCGAGUGUCAAAAUGGGACUUUGAUAUUGAUUACAAUGUGCCCCAACUUUUCGCUGCCUUUAUUUUUUAUUGUGGCAGAUGUUGGAGUGUGUCAACUUAUAUUUCGGGUGUUCUUUACAUUGCAAGCCGGACAUAUUGCCCAGGCACAUCAGUCCAGAACAUUUGCCAAGGGCCUUUUCUCUAGGCUGUAAGCGCUUUGAAGAGGACGAGCAAGAUCAGGAGCACACGGGCGAAACCGGACGGAUGCACCUCAGCAAUGCAGCUGCAGUGUUGCGCUUCUGCCUAUGCUAUUUUCACUUCUGCUACAAUUUCGUUGAACGGUGGAAUUAACAAGCUGUGUUUGGCAGUGCUGCAGAGGUUAAGUCACAAAGUGUUUGAAGCGCGUCCCGAUAUGUUAACCAGUGCGCGUGAUGAGAGUCGAAAACAAAAUGCACCUGUACUGCCGUGCCUCAGUACCUUCACCCAGGACUUAAUUUACAAGUGGAACAUUGAAGAGAGCGUAGGAACAUUACCUUGUUUUUACUUUUAGCGGACAUACCUUUGUUCAAGUAAGGGAACUGUUUAUUCUGCUGCAUAAAUGACAGAAAGCUGUUUGACAUGGUAACUUCUAAUGUAUGAGAACAAGAAAACACUUUGUCACUUUCAACUCUGAGGUGAUUUGUUUUAUUAUAUGUAUCAGUAUUACCAGCUGCUGGCAACACGUGCACAGUAGGACAGCUUAUAUUGUCCCUGAAGUGUUGAACAGUUCUCAAGAUCUGAAACAAGUUUGUACAUCUACGCUUGCGACCCGCCGACAGGCAGAACGCUCGAGCUUUUGUCUCUUUGGUGUUCGUAGUCGCAGCUUGGUCGGAAUCAUUGUUGCCAUGUGCUGUUCUGUUUACUAGCUUUAUGUACAGAGUUUACGCUGCGAGACCGAACCAAGAAUAAACUGUUGUAAGUUGUU